GGGUGUCAGCGUCCUCCUCUCUGCGGCUGAAGCAGCACAAUUUGAAGCCAAAAUUAUAGGCUAACAACCAUACAUUUAUCCUCGUAUGCAAUAACAACAUCUUGAAUGUAUUUGGGAUGUCUGCGACCGACUGGUACGCGCACAAGUCGCUGGAAAAUGGCGUGUUUUGGAUCCAGGAGCGGUUUUAUGAAUCGGGGAACAGGGCGAAUAUCUGGCUCAUUCGCGGGUCCCAUCAGGACGUCGUCAUAGACACCGGCCUGGGUUUACGGAGCCUGCCUGAAUACAUCCAAGAGAAAUCGCUGCUCGGGGACGACGCGAAGCGUAAAAACCCGCUGUUGGCCAUCGGCACGCAUGUGCAUUUUGAUCAUUCUGGUGGGCUGCAUCAGUUUCAACAGGUGGGCGUGCACAAGGCGGAGGUGGACGCUCUGGCCAACGGUGACAACUUCGAGACCGUGACAUGGCUUUCUGACCGCGAGAUUGUGGAGGUUCCAUCGCCUGGAUGGAGAGCCAGGCAGUACAGAGUGAAAGCGGUCACACCAACCCAUAUAUUACAAGAAGGUGACGUUAUCAACCUUGGCGACCGGCAGCUUUCCAUUCUCCACAUGCCGGGCCAUUCCAGAGGAAGCAUUUGUCUCCAUGACAAGGAGAGCAAAAUGCUGUUCAGUGGAGAUGUGGUCUAUGAUGGUUCCAUGAUUGAUUGGCUUCCCUACAGCCGGAUCAGCGACUACAUCCAUAGUUGUGAAAGGCUUGUGGAAAUGGUUGAUAAAGAGGAGAUUGACCAGGUCAUGCCUGGUCAUUAUAACGCUUUUGGGGGCAAGCGGCUACACCGGCUAGCCUCCAACUACAUCGCUAGUGCCGGCACCUGCCACAGAGCCUCCACCAGUGUGGUGAAGUCCAUUGCCAGCCUGGCACUUCGAGCCACUAACUCAAGAAGUGCCUGCUAGUAGUUUUGAAAAAAGACUACUUUGCAACAACUAGUGUUAUUGCAGACCUCAAUAUUGAGCACAGUGAAUACACUGAGCAAUACAGAGUGCUAAUGAAUUACAGUAUAUGGUAGUAUUGGAAUUGUCCAUGGUUCAAACUUGUAUUAUGCUGCAUAAUAUUCAUCAAAACGUCAACAAAUAGUAUACACUGCUAUAUUUUAAAGGUGCUGUGUGUAAUUUUUUAGUUUUUUGAGCAGCCUAAUAUUGUAGCAUUUGCCCACCCCUCUCAAACCAUUUAAGCACAAGCGCAACGCCACAACCAAUUUCAUUAGUCAGUACAUUUUGCAGGCAAGAAAAUACUUCAUGGAUUCAGUUUAAAGAUCAUAAAUAAUGAUUUAUUUUGUUUUAGAUAAACGAUAAUGAUAACUGUUAGGAUGUGCUACACAGUAAAACCCAAUAAGUUAAGGUAACUUAAACCAUUUGAGGAACCCAAUUGUAACAAACCGCUUAAGUUAAAAAUCUAAUCUAUUUGAGUACUGUGAACUUAAUCCAAUUGAGUAAACAGAGCAAUUUGAGCACAGUAAAACCCAAUACAUAAAGAGAACUCAAACCAGCUGAGUACUGUAAAACCCAAUAAGUUAAGGCAACUCAAACCAAUUAAGGAAACCAAUUGCUACAAACCAUUUGAGUUAAAAAUCUAAUCUAUUUGAGUACUGUGAACUUACUCCAUUUAAGUUAUAUUAAUAAGGUAUUUAAUUAGUUCAAAACUCUUUUCAAAUGAGUAGAAUUAACUUUUUGAGUUAACUACACUCAUUUCAUUUGAGAAAGAUGACUGUUGGGUUUUACAGUGUACUAAUGCUGUCCUACUUUAUUUUAUAAUGCUUAAGCAUGCUGUAAAUGUGUGGCACUUAUGAUUCAUUAGCCACAGUGCUCGAUUAAUGUUGAAAUGGAUCUCAUUUUGCAUUAUGAAGGGGAGUACAGAAUGUUUUGUACUGAUAAAAUGGAUUAAAGUGUCUGAUGACAGAAGCCUUGCAAAUUCAAGAUAAAUGGCCACAUCUUCCUAAACAAUAAGGAGACUGUGGUUAAGGUUAGGGAUAAUAUUUGUUCUAACAUGGUGUUGUCAAUCAACUAUAAUCUACAUGACAAUGAAAUCUUUUAAGUUUGGAAAUAUUUUUAUUUAUUCAUUUUAUAACUUUCUGAUUUUAAGUUUUAAUAUUAUGUGUAUGUUUUAGAUUUUUUUGUUUAAUUUUGGAU